CCGCGUUGACUGGGUCGGGGACGGUCGGAUACCCGCCGCCAUGGGUUUGAAUGCCAUCCCUACCCAUUUCUGGUGGGGAGUUGAGGAUGGUCACCCCAAAAUUCGGUGGGUGUCCUGGCGGAACCUUUGCCGGAGCAAGCAUGAUGGGGGUUUAGGUUUUCGCAGGUUUGAACAUUUUAACCAGACUCUCUUAGUAAAGAUUGGCUGGCGUAUUCUCCAUGAGCCGAACUCCCUCCUGACCCAGGUAUAUAAAGGGAAGUACUUUCCUCGUGGAUCUUUUAUGUCUGCUACUGCCCGGUCUAGGCCUUCGUGGGGUUGGCAGAGUAUCCUGUUUGGGCGCCAGCUUUUGGAGGCAGGGCUAAGAUGGCAGAUAGGCAAUGGCCUCUCGGCCUCCCUUGUUCAUUCUAAAUGGAUUCCUGGGCUUCAGCUGGAUUCCCCUUGCUAUAAUCCCCGCAUCCUGCCAUCUGGGGGGGAUCCCUUGGUGGCGGAGGUUAUUUGUCAAGGGGAAGGGCGUUGGGAUGAGAAUAAGCUUAGUCAAUGGUUUGACCCUUCUGUCUGUUGGGCCAUUAAGGCUAUCCCACUUCCGAGGCGGAAUGUGGAUGAUAAACUUAUCUGGCAUAACACUGCUGAUGGGGUGUUCUCGGUUAAGACGGCUUAUCAUCUGGCAGUUGAGCUUGACAGGAGGAGGGGUGGGUGGCGGGAAUCGGUGAGUUGGAUGGAUAGGAAAAGCUGGAUCCGGUUGUGGGAAGCUAAGAUCCCUCCAAAGCUUAAAGUCUUUGUCUGGCAAAUUUUGAAUCGGGCCCUGCCAACCACAUAGGCGCUCAUUGAAAAGAAGGUUCCUCUGCUGCCCCGGUGUCCGGUUUGUUGGGAUGGCCCCGAGACGAUGGAGCACUUGUUUCUCUACUGCCCGGUGGCGCGGCCCCUCUAGGACUACUCGGGGUUGGAUUAUUUAGGGGAGGCUUUGCCUCGGCACACGUUUCCUCUGUUUCUAAAGCGGAUGCUUUCCCUUGUCCAUGAUUCGUCGCUGUUUAUGGCGGUGGUUGCCAUCCUCUGGCGGAUCUGGCGGUCGCGAAAUUGGGUUGUAUUUGAAGGCAAACAGUUUGGGAUUCCGGCUUUAAUGCGCCAAUUUCACCAGCAAUAUGAGGAAUGGGUGGGUCUGCCGGUUGACCAGCAGCCAAGGAUGUCUUUCCGGAUGGUCCAUCCUGGGACCCGCGUGGAUGACUCUCGGUUGGUUUGCAUGUAGGACGGCGCAACUAGGAGGGGGUCACACUCGGCUGGUGGGAUGGAUCUUUAUGAUCCGAGUAGGACGGUCAUUCGGGCUAAAGGUGUGCAAUUUGCACGAAUGGAUGAGCCGAUGGUGGUGGAGCUGCUAGUGCUGCGUGAGGCUAUCACUUGGUGUUUAGAGUGGGGUUUGGCCGAUGUUCGGUUCGAGGAGGAUGCGAAGGUCAUUAUUGACAAGAUUAAUCAAGCCGAUUCGCGCGACAAUCAUUUGGGGGCAGUCCUGGAGAAAUUUGUCAAUAUUUUGCUUCCCAUCCGGGGUUUAGUGUGCGGUUUGUAGAUCGGGAUAACAAUAGGGUAGCUCAUUCAGUAGCUAGAAAAGCCCUCUCUUUGUACCCGAAUGGGAAUCACUUGUUUGAUUUCAGAGUCUGGCUGCUUUCCAGGAUGUAACUAUCGUUUUUGAUUUGGAGUAAUAUAUGAUAUCUUUUGAAAAAAAAAAGAUUGUAAGGUUCAUCCACGAAAUAUUAGAAAAGAACUCAUUAAUAGAAUAGGAACACACAAGAACACUUUUGAUAUUCUACGUACGAGACCAAAGACUUUUUUAGAAUAUAAAUUUUUAAUGAAUAUCGUUUUUUCCAAAAAUAAGAGUGUAGUUAGAGAAACUUUUAAUUUAAUUCAAUUCUAAACAUAUACCAAAAAAAGUUUGAGAAUUCAAUUCAUUUAUUUCUAUAGAUUGAAUAUGAGUACCAUACACAGGAAUUCAUUUGAUAAUGAAUUCUAUACAGUAACUCAUUUUAAAAUGAAAUGAAUUCUCAAUUUAUUUGGAACCAAACAGUCUCUUAAGGGUUCAUUUGGAUAACAUCAUUUAGGGCGUGGAUUCAUUGAAUACGUAGAUUUUGUAGACAAUUAUGUUUUUAUGUUGUUUUUUGUAUUGUGAAUUUUAGCUUUGGAGAUUUCAAAACUCUAAAAUCUAUGGAUAUCAAAUCUCUCAUAAUUAGAGAGAUUCUAUAUCUUGAUUCGUGAUAUUUUUUAUAAGUGUCAAAACAUAACUCGACUCGAUUAACCCGCCCGAUCAACCCGACCACAAUCCGAAUUGAUUAAAAGUCAACAACCCGUAAUCCGCUCGACCCGCAACCCGAUUGACCCGCAACCCGAUUGACCAGCAACCCGACUUACCCGCAACCCGAUUAACCCGAAUCUGAUUGACCCGCAACCCGACUGACCCGAUCCCAAUUGGCCCAAACCCGACUAACCCGUAACCCGACCAACUCAACCCAAACUUCACCUAAUUCACUUGAAUAAUUAUUAUAAUAUACAAUACAUAGUUUUUCAAAAUAAAAUUUUUCAUUCUAAACUUAAGUAAAAUUAUUAUUUUUCAUUUUGUAUGGGGAAUUUAAAAAAUAUGAAACUCACUUGAUAUUAUGUAUUUUAAGAAAAUUACAAAAAUUGA